UCUGGAUCAAACGGCAUGACCGCUGUCCUAAUUUAGCUUCUCAUACAAUAGCAAUCAAACAUAGAAGAAGAAGAAGAAGCUGCUACGCAGGUUAGCGUCAACAAGGAGGGCAUCAUCUCUGUCUCGCAGUGAAGAGGCGCAGGUUAGAACCACUUUGAUCUCUCUCUGUUACAGAUCUACACUCUGUAUUGUUGGAUCACGAAUAAAAAUUAUCCUCCCCAUCAGGUACGCUCUGAAUCGAACUAGAUCUCAUUUGCAUCCCUCUGAUCUCUCAAUUUCGUGUUCCAAUUCCUCGAUCUUAUUAAUUUAGGGUUUUUUAGAUCGUUUUAUACAUUUGAAAAAAAAAAAUGAAUUCGAAUUACGGAAAAUCCAGUAAAUCGGUGUCCCUAAACAACUUCGACUUUGAUUUAGGAUUAAACACAAACCGUUCUCGACCUCUCAAAGAUCAGAAAAACCAAACCUCUUCAUUUUCUUCUUCUUCAUUUUCAUCCACGCAAACAAAACCUAAUACCACGUCGUCUUGGCAACCCAACAAACCCUCCUGGACUCACCAACCCGCGCCGAGUCAAUCGAAUCUGCCUGGGUUACCGACUGGUUCGACCUCUAUGGUGGGAGAUAUAUUUGGGAAGACCUGGGGUUCAUCGGCUCCUUCUAGUACCACCUCCGGUAUUGGAAUUGUCAAUAAAAACCCUAAUUUGUUCGGAGAUCUUGUCAGCUCGGCCAUUGGGCAAAAUAAGGGCAACACAAAUGUUCCUUUGAAAAAUGCCACACCAGCCUCCAAUAAGAGUGCUUAUUCAAUGGGUAAUUUGGGGGAUUCGUUGCCAAAAGCUGGUAAUGCAGCGUCGAAUAGCAGUAAUUGGGGAUCUUCUGGGAAUACUGGGAAUUAUACUAGUGCAUUCAAUUAUAGUAGCAGCAGCAAUGUUAACAAUACAAAGAGUGCAAAUCUUGGAGGUCCUUCAAUUCGUAGUGUAGGUGGAGGUGGGAUGAGCUCAAAUAAGGACCCUUUUGGUUCUUUGGUAGAUUUUUCAUCGAAGCCAAUGGGUAGUAUGAAUUCAUCGGAGAAAAGUAAUAAUAUAACUAAUGAUGCAUUCGGUAACUUUCAGAAUGCUUCGAAAUCAAGUACACCUGUAUUCACAUCGAAUGCCUCUCCUGCAAAUAAGAACAACUCAGUGGAAUCUAAUUAUGGUUCUUAUUCAAACAUGGAUGAUUUUGGGAUUCCUACUUCUCAGAAUAAACCUCCUACUCAGACCGCUGGUGUUGAUGCAUUUGAUGUGUUGUUCUCCUCAUCCUCGGCCUCAGCUGGAGCUGCUCCAAAAGCGUCUGAAGGACUUGCGAGCGAACAAUUUUCUGGAGCUGAAGAUUGGGGUGAUUUUGGAGGAGGGGAUGACGCUAGUGGGACAACCGAGCUUGAAGGGCUUCCUCCCCCACCCUCUGGAGUUUCUGCUUCAUCUGCAAUGAAUAAGGGGGUGGAUAAUCAGAAGCAAGGGCAAUAUGCUGAUGCUAUUAAGUGGCUGUCUUGGGCUGUGAUUCUUCUUGAGAAGGCUGGUGAUGAUGCUGCCACCAAGGAGGUCUUAUCGUGCAGGGCUUCAUGUUACAAAGAAGUUGGGGAAUAUAAAAAGGCUGUGGCCGACUGCACAAAGGUGCUAGAAGAUGAUAGUGGAAAUGUAGCAGUCCUUGUACAGCGCGCACUCUUGUACGAGAGUAUGGAAAAGUACAAACUUGGGGCAGAAGACCUAAGGACUGUGAUGAAACUUGAUCCUGGCAACAGGGUUGCUAGAAGUACCAUUCACCGCUUGACCAAAAUGGCCGAGUAAGAAGUUAUAUUUAUAUAUAUAUUUUCUCUCUCUCUCUCUCUCUCUCUUCUUUUUUUUUUUUUUUCUCUUUCUGGGGAAGCCUUUCCAUUUGUUGGUAAUACUAUGUCCCCUCUUAAUACGAACUUGUGCGGGGAAUAAUAACAGUUUGCUUGAGAUAAUGGAUAUUUCUGUUUGUUUUUGUCUUGUGAAUUUAAUGCAUAAUGCAUUGUAUUGCAGAUAUUCUUUUAA